AUGACUGUGGGAGUACAAAUCCAAGUAGAGGAAAAAGAAGAUGAUACUGAGGAAAGUUCAAGUGAAGAGGAAGAGGAGGAGGAAGACAAACUCCCUCGUAGAGAAAGCAUGAGACCAAAGAGGAAACGGACCAGAGACGUUAUCAAUGAGGAUGAUCCAGAACCUGAACCAGAGGAUGAAGAAACAAGGAAGGCAAGAGAAAAGGAGAGGAGGAGGAGGUUGAAGAGAGGAGCGGAAGAAGAAGAAGAAAUUGAUGAAGAGGAAUUGGAAAGAUUGAAGGCAGAGUUAGAUGAGCAAAGACAAACGAUCGCUACUGUCAAAUGCAAGCCUUGGAAAAUGGAGAAAAAAAUUGAAGUUCUCAAGGAAGCAAAAAAAUUUGUGAGUGAAAAUGAAGGAGCUCUUGGGAAAGGAAAAGGAAAACAGUGGUUUGCAUUUAAGAUGAUGAUGGCCAAAAAAUGGGCAAAAUUUCUCCGUGAUUUCGAGAACUUCAAAGCAGCUUGUGUCCCAUGGGAAAAUAAAAUCAAGGCAAUUGAAAGUCAAUUUGGCUCAUCAGUGGCCUCCUAUUUCCUUUUUUUGAGAUGGAUGUAUGGAGUUAAUAUGGUUCUCUUUAUCCUGACAUUCAGCCUCAUCAUGUUGCCAGAGUACCUUUGGGGCUUGCCAUAUGGCAGUUUACCUAGGAAAACAGUUCCCAGAGCUGAGGAGUCAUCUGCAGCGAACUUUGGUGUGCUGUAUGACUUCAAUGGUUUGGCGCAAUAUUCUGUCCUCUUUUAUGGCUAUUACGACAAUAGACGAACAAUUGGAUGGAUGAAUUUCAGGAUGCCGCUCUCCUAUUUUUUGGUGGGGAUUAUGUGCAUUGGAUACAGCUUUGUGGUUGUCCUCAAAGCGAUGACCAAAAAUAUUGGUGAUGAUGGGGGUGGUGAUGACAACACUUUCAACUUCAGCUGGAAAGUGUUCACGAGCUGGGAUUACCUGAUCGGCAAUCCUGAAACAGCCGACAACAAAUUUAAUUCUAUUACGAUGAACUUUAAGGAAGCUAUAAUAGAAGAAAGAGCGGCCCAAGUAGAAGAAAACGUCCACUUGAUCAGAUUCCUGAGGUUUCUUGCUAACUUCUUCGUGUUUCUAACGCUUGGUGGGAGUGGAUACCUCAUCUUUUGGGCUGUGAAGCGAUCCCAGGAAUUUGCGCAGCAAGAUCCUGACACCCUUGGGUGGUGGGAAAAAAAUGAAAUGAACAUGGUUAUGUCCCUCCUGGGGAUGUUCUGUCCAACUCUGUUUGACUUAUUUGCUGAGUUAGAAGACUAUCACCCCCUCAUUGCUCUGAAAUGGCUACUGGGACGCAUUUUUGCCCUUCUUUUAGGCAACUUGUAUGUAUUUAUUCUUGCCUUGAUGGAUGAAAUCAACAACAAGAUUGAAGAAGAGAAGUUGGUAAAGGCCAAUAUUACCUUAUGGGAAGCCAACAUGAUCAAGGCCUACAAUGCAUCGCUCUCUGGAAAUAGCACUGGGCCACCAUUUUUUAUUCACCCUGCAGAUGUGCCUCGAGGACCAUGCUGGGAAACAAUGGUGGGGCAGGAAUUUGUGCGGCUGACCGUUUCUGAUGUUUUAACUACCUAUGUCACAAUCCUCAUCGGGGACUUCCUCAGGGCAUGUUUUGUGAGAUUUUGCAAUUACUGCUGGUGCUGGGAUUUGGAAUAUGGAUACCCUUCGUACACCGAAUUUGACAUCAGUGGCAAUGUCCUCGCUCUGAUCUUCAACCAAGGCAUGAUCUGGAUGGGCUCAUUCUAUGCUCCCUGCCUCCCAGGCAUCAACAUCCUUCGACUCCACACUUCCAUGUACUUCCAGUGCUGGGCUGUGAUGUGUUGCAACGUUCCUGAGGCCAGGGUCUUCAAAGCUUCCAGAUCAAAUAAUUUCUACCUAGGCAUGCUACUACUCAUCCUCUUCCUGUCCACCAUGCCUGUCCUGUAUAUGAUCGUCUCCCUCCCACCAUCUUUUGAUUGUGGCCCAUUCAGUGGCAAAAAUAGGAUGUUCGAAGUCAUUGGGGAGACACUGGAAAAAGAUUUCCCAAGCUGGAUGGCGAAGAUUUUAAGACAGCUUUCUAACCCCGGGCUUGUCAUUGCUGUCGUAUUGGUUAUGGGCUUGACCAUCUAUUAUCUCAAUGCUACAGCUAAGGGCCAGAAGGCAGCAAAUCUGGAUCUAAAAAAGAAGAUGAAAAUGCAAGCUUUGGAGAACAAAAUGCGAAACAUGAAAAUGGCAGCUGCACGGGCAGCUGCUGCUGGUGGCAAGUAACUUUCACAUGUAUUUG